CGAGAGUGGCGUGCAAUCGUGCGUAUAUUUACUACAGGAGGGGAAUAGGGGAGGCCCGGGAGUACACCCCCCUAACCUCCCCUUUUAGCCCGAGAUUCCGUCGCGAUCGAAGCACACCCACAUUGAGCGUAGUGGUUGCCGCAUUCGGGCGCAGUCCUCUUAAAAUAGAAAAAAUUCGAAAUGGAGUUAAAAGGCAAAGUUGCUUUAAUAACAGGCGCCGCGGCAGGUAUCGGACUCGCUUAUAGCGAGGAAUUACUGAAACAAGGAGCUAAGGUGUCGCUGUGUGAUAUUGAUUCUGAAAUCGGAGAACAGGUGGCCGAUGAGUUGGGCGUGAAGUAUGGUCGGAAAAACGUUUUAUUUUGUCAAUGUGACGUUACUGAUUAUCCACAAUACGAAGAGGCAUUUGAAAUGACCAUAAAGGUGUUUAAUCGACUGGAUAUAGUGAUCAACAAUGCUGGAGUUAUGAAUGAUAGAUUUUGGGAAUUGGAAGUCGACGUUAAUUUGAACGGAGUCAUUCGCGGUACUCUUCUUGCUUACCGGUUCAUGGGUAAAGAUCGCGGAGGUCAGGGCGGUACGAUUAUUAAUACAGCGUCGACUGCUUUCGUCAGACCUCAAGUCUCAACUCCAAUAUACACCGCUACUAACUAUGCUGUUGUUGGUCUUACAAGAUCGUAUGGGGACCAAUACCAUGUGAACUUGACUGGUGUUCGGAGCAUAGCCUUAUGCCCGGGCUUGACAGAUACAGGACUUGUAAAAGAGAUCCGCAAGCAACUGAUGUCCUCUGAAUACGAAGCCGCUUGGCAGCGAGACAACGCCAACUGCAAGGCUCAGAGCCCGGAGCAUAUUGGGAGAACGUUGAUCGAGGUCUUGAUGAAGGCUCAGAGCGGGUCUGUUUGGAUAGUAGAAAACGGUCAACCGGCAAGGGAAUGGCGUGGUUAAUUUUUUUUACACAAUAUGUUUUUUAAUUUUCAAUAUCUGAUUUAGUGCCACGUACCUAUAUGUACACAUAUUUUUAUUUAAUUUUUACUCUAG